AUGCUCUGCCGCAGAACCCGACCAGGAAAUCAAGGUUCCUGCCACUUCCUCCGGCUCGGCGAAUGGACUCAUAAGCUGACCACGGGGAUCGUCGGGAUCGGCUUCCUUGAAACCUCGUACCUUACCUACCUGAAGCUCACCAGUUCCGAAGCAUUUUGCCCUAUCGGUGGUUCUCCCUGCGGUGACAUACUCAACAGUGAUUACGCGCUUAUUUUCGGUGUUCCUCUUCAUUUGGUUGGGAUGGUGGCGUAUGGCUUGGUUGCGGCGCUUGGUCUGCAAUUGACCACAAAGAAGAUGUUGCCUUUUGGGAUUGGCAGGUCCAGCUUCCAGCUCAUGGUGUUGGGAACCACUACCUCCAUGGCAGCUGCUAGUGCCUAUUUCUUGUUCAUUCUCAGCACAAAAUUCUCUAGGUCGACUUGCUCAUAUUGUUUACUUUCGGCAUUCUUGUCUUUCAGCGUUGAUGGUGGCUGA